AUGACUUUCCGCGAUCUCCUGAGCUUCAGUUUCGAGGGACCCGGCUCGGACAGCAGCGCCAGUGGGGGUGGUAGAGGGGGAGGCGUGGGCGGCGCUGCCGCCUCGGAGGGCCAGGCGGUGGACGGCGUGCCUGCGGCCGCGGGCUGCGGCGGCAGCGGCGGCGGCGUGGUGGGCGCCGGCAGCAGCGAGGACAACCGGAGCUCCGCUGGAGAGCCCGGGAGCCCGGGCGCCGGCGGCGAGGUGAAUGGCACAGCGGCCGUCGAGGGGCUGGUGGUGAGUGCUCAGGGAGUGGGCGUGGGCGUCUUCCUGGCAGCCUUCAUCCUCACAGCUGUGGCGGGCAACGUGCUGGUCAUCCUCUCGGUGGCCUGCAACCGCCACCUGCAAACGGUCACAAACUAUUUCAUUGUGAACUUGGCUGUGGCCGACCUGCUGCUGAGCGCCACAGUGCUCCCGUUCUCGGCCACCAUGGAGGUUCUGGGCUUCUGGGCCUUUGGCCGGGCUUUCUGCGACGUCUGGGCCGCCGUGGACGUGCUGUGCUGCACGGCCUCCAUCCUCAGCCUCUGCACCAUCUCGGUGGACCGGUACGUGGGUGUACGCCAUUCGCUGAAGUACCCCUCCAUCAUGACCGAGCGCAAGGCAGCAGCCAUCCUGGCGCUGCUCUGGGCCGUAGCUCUCGUCGUGUCCGUGGGGCCACUGCUGGGAUGGAAGGAGCCGGUGCCCCCUGACGAGAGCUUCUGCGGCAUCACUGAGGAGGCAGGCUAUGCUGUCUUCUCCUCAUUGUGCUCUUUCUACCUGCCUAUGGCAGUCAUCGUGGUCAUGUACUGCCGCGUCUACGUGGUAGCGCGAAGCACCACACGCAGCUUGGAGUCUGGCGUCAAACGCGAGCGCUGCAAGGCCUCCGAGGUGGUGCUGCGCAUCCACUGUCGCGGCGUCAGCGCUGGCUCAGCUGAGACCCACUGGGGGAUGCGCAGCACCAAGGGUCGCACGUUGCGCAGCUCCCUGUCGGUGCGUCUGCUCAAGUUCUCUCGCGAGAAGAAGGCGGCCAAGACGCUGGCCAUUGUCGUGGGCGUCUUCGUGCUCUGCUGGUUCCCCUUUUUCUUCGUCCUGCCGCUGGGCUCCCUGUUCCCACAGCUGAAGCCCUCAGAGGGCGUCUUCAAGGUUAUCUUCUGGCUGGGCUACUUCAACAGUUGUGUGAAUCCACUCAUCUACCCCUGCUCCAGCAGGGAGUUCAAGCGUGCCUUCCUCCGCCUCUUGCGCUGCCGGUGCCAUCAUAGUCGCCAGCGCCGCCGCCCUCUCUGGAGUAUCUACAGUCGCAACUGGCAAGCUUCAAAUGGCAGCCCACACCCAGACUGCAUGCCUGGCCCAGGUGCCAUACCUACCAGGGCCCCACAGGCCUUCACAGUGCCCUCAGCCCCUGGCUCCCUGGGCACACCCAAAGCACAGGCUCCAGCUGUCACCUGUCGAAAGAUGCCCUGCACCUUCCGUGAGUGGAGGCUUCUCCGGCCAUUCCAGAGACCUGCUACCCAGCCGCAUGCCAAAGUCUCCAGCCCAUCGCAAAAGAUUCACACCAGAGAGGCCAUGUGCGCCCUGCACUCAGAGGUAGAAGUGGUGUUCUUAGGUGUCCCCCAUGAUGCAGCUGAGGGCACCACCUGCCAGGCUUAUAAACUGGAGGACUACAGCCAUCUCCAAGAGACUGAUAUUUAA